UCCCUCAUCACAACCUUUGUCCAUUAGUUAAGCACAAACGUUAAAAAAAAGCCAAACUUUUACUUCUCUUUCCCUCUCCUUCUCCCUCUCAUUGAUUACAGCCACACCGUUCUCUUUCUUCUGGAUUGGUUUGGUUCCUCUCUCCUCCAUCUUAAAAGCCUAACCUUCUUCAUUUUCUUCUUUCCCAACUCCAUUUCUAUCAUGUUUUCUCUCAAUCACAACAAAGUUCAAAUCUUUCAUACACACACAUUCCUCUCCGAGUUUCACAGCCUUUUGGGUCAUUGCUUGAAGAUCUAAUUGUCAACCCCUUUUAGGUUAACCAAAAAAAAAAAAAAGAAAAAAAAAAAGAAAAGAAGAAGAAGAAGAAAAAAUAAUGGGAAGCAAAUGGAGAAAAAUGAAGCUGGCUCUUGGUUUAGAUUCGUGUGUUCACAUUCCUAGAGCUUUAGAUGAUUCCUCCUCACCCCUCAACUCCACCGCCGCAAGGUUUUCCGGUGAUGUUUCCGGUGACACCUCCGGUUAUCACUCAAGCACUCCGACACCGUCAUCCUCCGGUCUCCGGUUGUCCAAAUAUGGACUCAAAUCCCCCAAGGGGACUUGUGCAAUAUGCCUGAACACAAUGAAACCAGGGCAGGGCCAUGCCAUUUUUACUGCAGAAUGUUCUCACUCAUUCCAUUUCCACUGUAUCACUUCUAAUGUGAAACAUGGGAACCAGAUUUGCCCUGUCUGCAGAUCAAAAUGGAAAGAAGUUCCUUUUCAGAGUCCUGCUUCUAAUAUGCCCCAUGACAUGUCUCGAAUCAACCAAGCAACUCCACAAGACACUGACUGGACGACCGUCGUAAGGAGGCUUCCUCCUCCUCAAGUGGAUGCAGGUAGGCAGAAUAUUUCACUUUAUCAUGUUCCUGAACCAGCAAUUUUUGAUGAUGAUGAAGCCCUGGACCAACCAACUUCAACUACCCUCAAUAUAAAUGAGGCCGAUCACGAUACAAUAAACACAGUAGAGAUCAGAACAUAUCCUGAGGUUUCAGCUGUUCCAAAGUCAGCCUCUCGUGAUGACUUUGCCGUUCUAAUUCAUCUAAAAGCUCCUCAUUCAGGGAGAAAACAAAACGUUGGUGGAAACAAUACUGAAUCACCACCUCCACUUGAAAAUUCCCGUGCUUCAGUUGACCUUGUUACAGUUCUGGAUGUUAGCGGUAGCAUGGCAGGUACCAAGCUUGCAUUGCUAAAACGAGCUAUGAGUUUUGUCAUACAGAAUCUAGGUCCAUCAGACCGGCUUUGUGUCAUUGCCUUCUCCUCCACAGCACGCCGGAUCUUUCCUCUUCGGCAGAUGACUGAUACUGGACGACAGCAGGCAUUACAGGCUGUCAAUUCUUUGUUCUCAAAUGGUGGGACAAACAUUGCUGAAGGCUUGAAGAAAGGAGCCAGGGUGUUUGCUGAGAGAAGAUGGAAGAACCCAGUUAGCAGCAUCAUAUUACUAUCUGAUGGGCAGGAUACAUACUCAGUCAGUAGCACUAGCAGGACCAAUGUUGGAAUAGAUUACCAGUCACUUGUCCCAAACUCCAUUCAUCGUAAUAAUGGUUUGGGUUUGCAGAUACCAGUGCAUGCAUUUGGCUUUGGCACUGACCAUGAUGCUACUUCAAUGCAUUCAAUCUCUGAGAUAUCUGGGGGCACAUUUUCUUUUAUCGAAGCUGAGGAUGUGAUUCAGGAUGCAUUUGCACAGUGUAUUGGGGGACUCUUGAGUGUGGUGGUGCAGGAAUUACAAGUGGAAGUUGUGUGUGUUCACCCUCAUUUGCAACUGGGUUCGGUAAAAACAGGAGGUUACCAAGCAAGCUUGACGGGCAAUGCAAGAAUGGCUUGUAUUAAUGUUGGAGAUCUAUAUGCUGAAGAAGAAAGAGAUUUUUUGGUGACAGUCAAUGUUCCAGUUGAUAAGUCAAGUGAUGAGAUGUCAUUGUUGAUGGUAAGAGGUCUUUACAGAGACCCCAUAACAAAAGAAAUAGUGGCUCUGGAAGAAACUAGAGUAGUGAAAAUUCAAAGACCUGACAUAGGUGGAGAACUGGUUGUGUCAAUAGAGGUGGACAGACAGCGAAACCGGCUUCGAGCAGCAGAGGCAAUGGCCGAGGCUAGAGUUGCAGCUGAGCGCGGUGAUUUAUCUGCUGCAGUUUCUAUCCUUGAUAGCUGUCAUAAGGCAUUGUCUGAAACUGUUUCUGCACAAGCAAAGGAUCGGUUAUGUGUUGCUCUUUCUGCAGAACUAAAGGAGAUGCAGGAAAGGAUGGCAAGUCAACGUGUUUAUGAGCAGUCUGGAAGGGCUUAUGUUCUGUCAGGAUUGAGCUCACAUUCAUGGCAAAGGGCAACAGCACGAGGAGAUUCCACAGACAGCACUAGCCUUGUGCAAGCAUACCAAACCCCUUCUAUGGUUGACAUGGUGACACGUUCCCAGACCAUGGUUCUUGGGGCUCCACAAAACAGACGUGUACUCAGGCCUGCUAAAUCAUUUCCUGAGAGGCAGAGAGGACAAUAAUAAUACUGGAAACUCUGUUUGGAAAAUUCUACUUAGCCUAUACAUACAUUUCUGGGGAGACCCUAAAGUUUCUUCUUAUCUUCUUUUAUUUUUGGUUUUGUCAAGUUGGGGUAUAAUGGAAAGAAAGGAGUUUUUAGGUGGAUAAAAUUCCUGAUUUUGCCAGUAUAAAACUGUAAAUGCAUAUGCGGGAUAAUGGGGGCUUUUGGAGAGAAUGGUGAAAUGGGACAGUUUGGAUAUUACAGUUUGAUUCAGAGUGAUGUACAUAACUUCUUGUUUUCAGUUGAAUUGUG